UCAAACUGUAAUAACUUGCAAUAAUUUCUUAGUAACAUUUAGAAGAGCGUGGACAUACAUUGUAUAACACAUUUCAAAAUGGCGGUCUAUAAUGUAGGAGUACUUGCAGUAUUUUUGGCUGCUAUGACUACUGCACAGAAUUUAAAUCAGCUUAGUAAAAAAGUGAAUUUACUUGAAGCAAAAGUUGAUUACGAAAUGCUGAACCUGAAGCAAGAUAUUGAGACCGUUGUGGCAAACGUGAGUGCCAUGAUGUCAGGCGACUUUUGUGGCAUAUGUGUUAAUAACACUAAUACAGUUUUAACCAAAUCUGAUGCACACAAUAGCCAAGGGGGACUCACAAGACGGGAAAAAAGUGACACAAGUCAAGGUUUCAAAUUACAAAUUCGACAGGCCUUUGCUAAAGAGAAACUUUUCCUGGGUGAGUUUAAUACGGAUAUAACGGAGAAGACAACACGAAUGGAAACUAAAAUGGACGACUUCAACAAACUACUCAGAGAAAGCGAUUCGAAACAAGAGCAUAUGCUUGAACAAAUGGACGACUUCAACAAACUACUCAGUGAAAUCGAUUCGAAACAAGAGCAUAUGCUUGAACGCGCUGCACACUUUUCUGAAGGAGUUGAUGCACUGAAUGCUUCAUUAAAUGAGUCAAACGAAAAUACCGCACAUCUAGAGACAGAAGUGACCAAAAUGAAAAACGAAAUUGUUAAAUUGGUUGGCACGUUUAAAGACCACCAAAACACCCUUACUAGUAUGUACCAAAAUUACGAAAGUAUGAAGUCAGAUGUAAAUUAUCUAAAAACAGAAUUUAGCGUAACUAGCGACAGCGUCAGGAAAAUACUUGCUAAAGGACGCACUGUUUGUUCCAACCUAAAUGGUAAAACACUGAAUAAAAAGUGUUACGUAAAGCUUGAUCGAAAAUAUAAUUUUGAAAAAGCUGCCAAGAAAUGUUCAGAACUGAUUCCGUGGGGUCACUCAAAGUUGGUGGAGAUCGAAUCUAAAGAAGAGAACGAUUUUGUUGCUAGAAACUUCGUAAACGAGUGGAAAUGGUUGGGCGGAUCUGACAAGAACUCUGAAGGAACCUGGUACUGGAUUUCUGAUGAGCGUGUUUGGACGAGGAGAGAUUUCAAAGGUUGGGACAAGGGUGAACCAAAUGACAAUAAUAACGGCGAAGACUGUUUACACACACAUGCUAACGGAGCGUGGAACGAUGUACAAUGUCAUUUCGAGCUGAUGGUUGUUUGUGAAUUUAAAUUAGAUUGGAUCUGAUUGAAUUGGAACUUAAUGAUACAAUAUCAGUGAUUAAGUAUUGACUUGCUGUGUUAGAGCAUGACAUUUGUAAGUUAUCAUUGUCAGCAUAAUCAUGUUUAAUGUUAUUGCGUAGUGAGUGUAUAUAAUAUGACGGAACGAUGAACACUCUCGCAUUGAGAAGAAGGUUGAUACAGUAGCAGCGAUUUAGUAUUGACUUGCUGUGUUAGAGCAUGGCAUUUGUAAGUUAUCACUGUCAGCAUAAACAUGUUCAUGUUAUUGCUCAGUGAGUGUAUAUAAUAUGACGAAUCAAUAUUGCUUUUCGCAUAUUCUCAUUUUAUUCUGAAGUGUUGCAUGCUUUUGCCUUGGCUGAUAACGCAUAAAAUAUGAUACUGAUUGUUUAAGCAAGCCAGCAGGGUAGCUACACCGAAUCAGAGGUUAAUGCCUGUCCAUAUCAUGGGGAAACAGUUAUCCUUGUAGGCAAUGCAUUUUGAUGUAUAAAUUUACAAAUUCUCAAUUACCAAAUAAAGCUCUUGCAAAUGCUACAACUGUAAGAUAAAGUCACUAGGAAUAUAUGGUUAAUAGAACUACCAGAUAAUGUAAGCUAAUUCUUGAAUUGUUGCCAAAAGACACAGAGGUUGUCGAACGGAUUGCUAACAAGCAGCGACCAUUGAAGCAAACAGUGAGAACAUACCAGCUACUUUAAAUGGGUACGAGCUUUACUUCGUAUGAAAUAACCAUGGCUGUUUUUAUGCAGUUAUAGCCACAAGAAUAAUGCAUCGAUUUUAAAUAUUUAAACAACAUUCAUUUAAAGAGAUUCAUGCACGAUCAUCCAAGCUUCAGUGUACUAUUCUAAAAUAUCAAUUCCAUAAUGGGUUACUUGUUAUGCAUAGUUACCCCUUAAUGUUCUGGUUCCAUUAAAAAAUAUUUGUGGUUAAAAAAAAUAUUUAAGAUAUACGAAAUUGCUUUUAAACAUUUAAAAAUAGGCUCAUUCCGUUCAUUUUCUGUUGAAAUAUACGAUUACCGUAGAACGAAAUAAUGUACCUCAUAAUGUUUAUAGGCAAUGCAAAUAGUGUUGUCAUUUUAAAAUUAACAUAAUAGAAAAGGUAUCGGAGACAAACGCUUGUCGAAAAAACUUAAUUCAGUCAUUCUAAAGCUAUAACUGCGAGAAUAAGGUCGUUUUAUUGGUGAUAAACUAGUUAGAAACGCUCUGUAUCACAGUUCCUUUUAAAGACCAGCCAGAUCCGCCCAUGCAUCACUGGAUUAUUGGUCUUGGAACUGUCAAUAUUGCUACAAUACGGCUUGUGAACACAAUACGAGAUUUCAUUGAUCAUCCGAUGUUAUUUCAAUUUUACACUUUAUCAAAUUUCCCUUCGAAAACCAGCCAGAUCCUUCCAUGCAUGACUGGGUUAUGGCCCCUUGAAAUUGGCCAGACUGCUGUAAUUUAGCUUGUAAAGAGAAUAGAGCUUUCAGUUAAUAUUUGAUCUUCACCAAACUUGGAAAGAAGUUGGAUAGCUAUAAUGCCUCGGUUCUUUUCCAAGAACAGCCAGAUCUGCCCAUGCAUGACUGUAUUCAUUCUCAUACAUCAGAGGUUUGAUUAUGAUUGUGCGCAUAACAUGACUGCUCUAGUGUACGAGAAUGGACUGAAUAAUGGUCCUUGAAAUUGGCAGCAUUGCUACAAUCUAUAGAGACUCCAUAUUCGCAUUGCAUAUUAUUUGUAACAGAACUGUUAUGGCGGCGCUUAUUAACUAACACAAAGUAUUCGAAGUGAACUAUUACCUAUUCGCACAUGGCCUGGAUAGAAAAUUACAAAAAACCCAUGUCAGUUGAGCACAGGCAAUCAUGGACUUCUUGUUUUAAAAAUUGAAGGGCCAUAAUUCAGGAGUUAGUAGUGCUAUCUGGCUGUUCAUCAACCUCAGUUGGAUUUGUAACUAAGUUCGUUACAGAUCAAAAAACAAAUUGUUAAGUUUGAGAGCAAACAAGAAAGUGCUACCCUUGGGGAACGGUGUCAGGACAUUACGGACCAUGGGCAUUACGGACCAUAUUUGGGGACAUUACGGACCAUAUUUGGGGACAUUACGGACCAUAUUUGGGGACAUUGCGGACCAAGAUUUAUAAUUUUACUUAAGCUGUUUUAACUUCAUAACGUACCAUAUUUGGGGACAUUACGGACCAUGGUUUAUUAUUUUACUUCCAGUUUGUUUUAACUUUAUAACAGACAUAACGGACCAUGUAUGUGUGUGAAUCAUGUGUAUAUUUAUGUUUUCAUAUAUGUGCUCGAUUGUUUUCUGAAAUAAACUUUGGAAUGUC